GCGCACUUGGUCACACUGACCUGCCCAGUUGUUUUUUCACGCCAACAUUUACGCUCUUCGGAAAAGGAAACCUUUUUUCGCGAAUUUCAAGUAGAUCCCGACCAGAAACACACCUGCCCCAGGAUGUUGGCCCUCAUCAACAGGAUCCUCGAGUGGUUCAAGAGCAUCUUCUGGAAAGAGGAGAUGGAACUCACGCUGGUGGGACUGCAGUUCUCCGGGAAGACGACGUUCGUCAAUGUUAUUGCAUCCGGCCAAUUCGCUGAGGACAUGAUACCCACAGUUGGAUUCAACAUGCGCAAGAUCACCAGAGGCAAUGUGACUAUCAAGGUGUGGGACAUCGGAGGCCAGCCUCGAUUCCGAUCCAUGUGGGAGCGCUAUUGUCGCGGCGUUAAUGCGAUUGUCUACAUGGUGGAUGCAGCCGAUCUGGACAAAUUGGAGGCUUCGAGGAACGAGCUGCACUCACUAUUGGACAAACCGCAGCUCGCAGGCAUUCCAGUGCUCGUGCUGGGCAACAAACGAGAUCUUCCAGGAGCGCUCGAUGAAACCGGACUCAUCGAACGCAUGAAUCUAUCGAGCAUACAGGACCGUGAAAUCUGCUGUUAUAGUAUUUCCUGCAAGGAGAAGGACAACAUUGACAUAACGCUGCAGUGGUUAAUUCAACAUUCGAAAAGCCAAAGUCGUUAGAUAACGAACAUCCACAUACACACAACGCCCUACCCUCUACACUUACACACUUAGGCACUAUAUCUCACACAGAACAACUAUCUAUACAUUUAUACACUAAUAAUAAUUUGCAGAGUGAUGAACAAUGAGCAAAGCCA